AUAAGCGGUUCGCCUGCAAGGGAGAUCUCGUAUAUCCUCCUUCAGGCGUCUUGGCAAUGAUCGACGAACCUUUAUCCAGACGCCUCUCUCAAUCCUCACGGACUCAUCUCAGAGGUGCACCUCACACCCGGUGACAACCGACUCUCGUUACCAGACACGCAUCGGAGAGCCCCCAUCAUGCCGCAAGCCCUACAGCAGCAGAGCCAGGACCUCUCGAUCCGGCUCGUCAGCCCGCCCACGCGCCUGUACGGCGGCAGCGUCGUCCUGGGCCACGUCGUGCGCAGUUCCCACAUCGUUGCGCCGUCCGCCACCGUCCUCGUGCGGCUUCUCGGCCGCGCCAAGGCGAAGCUCGUCGUGAGCCAUGGCAACAGCACGAGCUACUACCGCAGCCGCUUCGACUUCUGGCCCGACGCCGCCGCCGUCCGCAAGGUCCUCCACCGCGGCCCCGUCCACAUCGCCCCCGGCGCCGGCGAGCACCACACCUGGGCCUUCGCGCUGACCCUGCCGACGCACACGGACGACGGGUUCAUCAACGCCGCCAGCGCCUCCAGCGAGCGAGAGGCCUGCUUCCUCCGCCCCCCCGCCGGCGGCGCCGGACAGAUCCCUGCAACGCCGCUGCCAGGGAGCUUCUACCUGGACGGCAGAGGUUACUCCAAGAAAUGGCACGCGUUUGUCGAGUACUGGAUCGAGGCCGAGCUGUCGGUGCAGGGGAAAGGCGCCGUAGCCAGGGCCGUGCUGCCCAUCAGGGUCUUCUCGCCGCCCACGCCGGCGCCGCCGAUCACCAACUUCGGCCUGGCGCCGAGGACCAUCCCCGGCUGGGUGGCCAGCCAGCGGCUGUUUCCGGGCAUGGAGGAUGCGCAGCUCUCCUUCAAGCAGAAGACGCACAAGUUCUUCGGGUCCUCCAAGGUGCCGGCUUUCCACUUCACGCUUGAUGUCCGGCCUCCCACCGUCAUACAGAUGGGAAACGACGCCAGCGUCCCGUUCCUGAUGCAGCUGAUACCCAACGGCGAGAGGACCACAGACGCCAUCCGGGAUGUGCCGCAGACCGUCAUCAUCCAGAGCAUGAAGCUCGAGUUACAGUCGACGAACGACAUCGUCUGUCCGGGUAGCCUGUACCCCCACGAGGCGGGCACGACGCUGACGAAGUGCAUAGCCAGGGUAGACGGCUUUUACCCCCAAGGGCAUCACAUCGUGCUGCCUUCUGGCGCGGAGGAGGAGCCCCUGGACCUCGGUGCCGUGCUGAACUUGCGGGUGGACGCCCUGGGCCGGGUCCUCCACGGGGCGGGCGAGUGGCGCGAAAGUAUCGGCAGGGCGGUCGAGCCGACGUUUGUGACGUACUGUAUCAAGGUCCAGCACACUCUGCACUGGAAGAUCCAGCUCUCCGUGGCGGGGGAGUCGUGGAAGUGCGAGGGCGCCCAGAUGCUCCGCAUCCUGGCCCCUUGCGAAGACAUGGCCAGCGGCAGGGCCGAGACCUCUGCGAUGGCUGCACUGUCGUUGGCGCCGCCCCCGCCUGCCUUCGAGGAGGUGCCGGCCUACGGUGGGCCCAGCGAGGCGGCGCCGGCGUAUGAGAAGGUGGUCGGAGACGGGGAAGACAGAUUGGCGGCAGGAGGCAAAUCGUGAGAAGUUGUGCGUGGGAGUGGAGAGGCGUAUGAUACCCAGGCACUGCCUAGAGCAGAGACAAGGGGCUACCCGGAGGCAGGAUUAGCGGGGAGGGCAAGGCAUCCAUACAUAGUUCUAAUGAUACCCAAGAUUCUAUUUCUGCAAAACAAUGUCUAAGUCUUGGGGUUUUGUUGAUAUAUGUUACGAUAGCUUCAUACAGCACCUGUUAGGCAGUCUGCCAGGUGCCAUAUCACGUGGGCUU